CUAAAAUUAAGCAUGCAAAUUUUCACUACAAACUGUUAUUUAUCGUAGUAUUGCAAGAAAAACAUUCAUAUCAUUAAAUGCAAUUAGUUAUCAGAAAUGAUAUCAAUAUUUUUAAUUACUCGUUGAGCAUAUAUUUUUUCUGAAAACAAUCGAAACAGCCGGUAAAAAAAAACCAACAAUCAAACAAACAAGGAAUUUCUUAAUUUGACAUGUUGGGUAUCACAGAGUACUAAAGAAAUAAGUAUCGAAUAUUUGCUUAAGCUAAUAAGUACUCUAUGACAAAGUUGAUAAAAUGCUUUUCAGUUCAUAAGGUCAGUUGUAUUUGAUUUUAAGUUCUGUUGAAAUUUAAUCAAAAGCGCAUGUUUGUUUUGGUUUUAAUUAUUUUUUGAAAAAUGGAUCAGAAGCAAAUAUUUAGUAAAUGCAAGGAAUUAGGAUGUUGCGAUGCCUGUGGGCUGCGAUAUUUGGGAAUAAGAAAUCCAAAAGCGUACGAGAAUGCUAAGGAAUUCGCUCUCAAAUUUCAAGAUAAACCUGUGGCCACAGAUGGUGCUAGUUCAUCAACAGAGAAAGAAGCUGUAGAAACAAAUAACACUACAGUCAGUAACGGAGACUCGCCUCCCAAUAAGAAACACAAGGGGAAUCCGUGUGUAACAUGCUUAGGACUGCUCCAGGAAGAAGUUUGGCCAGAAUGCAAUAAGAAAGUCAAAGAGCUGCUUGAUAAGAAGCGGUAUGAGUGUACCACCUUCGCAUGUGCCCUCUCAGCUCCCAUUGUCACAAUAUUGAGAGAGAGAGUUGUGUCCCUGAGGUUGAGUGAUGCCUGCAAAGACUAUGAUGCCAAAGUGUUGACACCACUGAAGGAAGCUUGGAAAUGGUCCUUUGGCACACAACUAGCAACAUAUGUGGGAAUAAAUCUGGAUGCUGGUCACUUAUCCCCGUUACUGGUCACCCUGCAUAUGGAAUACCCGGACGAUUUGCAGGAACUGGAAGUCCUAAAGACCCUCUCGCCUACCCUAUUUGAAUCGCGCAGUCAGCAAAGAAAGCGCUUCACCGUAGAGUUUACCCGUCGCUCUGUGGAACAAGCGCUAGAGGGAGUUACGCUCGAAGCGCUAGAAGCGCUGCCGGGGCGCGGGGAGGGGAUCAUGGCGGUGGGGGGGAGGGUGGAAUGUGUGAGUGUGGGGUGUACUCAUGCACCCGCCUAUGUGGGGGGGAGGUACAUCAAGUUGUCGCGCGAGUUGCCACAAACGCCGUGGAUCAUCAACGGCCGUCGUAUGAUGGAAUCUUCGGUUCAAGAGAUCAUAUUUGAACCGCUGGCGAAAGCAUACGGCAUGUCACUGGCCGAUUCUGAACAUCGACUGAAGUUCAUGGCGGCUGGACGAGAAGAUGUCGACGUGAGGUGUCUGGGAGAUGGCAGACCUUUCGCUAUAGAGGUAACGGAUCCCAAUAGACAAUUGAGUGCGGACGAACUGAACAAUAUUUGCGAGGAAAUAUCCAAAAGUGGUCUAGUGAUCGUCAAGUUAAUGGUGCCGGUGACAAAGGAAGACUUGACAGACCUCAAAAAGGCAGAAGAAACCAAACGCAAGACAUACGAAGCCCUCUGCAUCAAACUCGCGCACUCCGAAUACGAAACUGACCUAGACCCCUCAGCGCCCGUAACGGUGACAGACGAGGACAUCCGUCGCCUCAACACAUUCCGCAACACUCCCGCGGAGCACUCGGCCCGGAUAGUGUUCACGCAGCGCACUCCCAUCAGGGUGCUGCACCGGCGGCCCCUGCUGGUCAGGACCAGGUGUAUAUACGAGUUACACGCGGAAAAGGUGCCUGAGCACCCGCGGCUGCUGUGCAUCAGACUGGUAUCGAUGGCGGGCGCCUACAUCAAGGAGCUGGUGCACGGGGAGUGUGGCCGCACCGCGCCCGCACUCCGCGAGUCCGCGCGCGCGCCCAUAGACCUGCUGGCGCUCGACGUCAGCGCCGUGCUGGCCGUGUGGCCGCCCACCACGCGCCUCCACUGAGUACUGCACGCGGAGUGUGGCCGCACCGCGCCCGCACUCCGCGAGUCCGCGCGCGCGCCCAUAGACCUGCUGGCGCUCGACGUCAGCGCCGUGCUGGCCGUGUGGCCGCCCACCACGCGCCUCCACUGAGUACUGCACGCGGAGUGUGGCCGCACCGCGCCCGCACUCCGCGAGUCCGCGCGCGCGCCCAUAGACCUGCUGGCGCUCGACGUCAGCGCCGUGCUGGCCGUGUGGCCGCCCACCACGCGCCUCCACUGAGUACUGCACGCGGAGUGUGGCCGCACCGCGCCCGCACUCCGCGAGUCCGCGCGCGCGCCCAUAGACCUGCUGGCGCUCGACGUCAGCGCCGUGCUGGCCGUGUGGCCGCCCACCACGCGCCUCCACUGAGUACUGCACGCGGAGUGUGGCCGCACCGCGCCCGCACUCCGCGAGUCCGCGCGCGCGCCCAUAGACCUGCUGGCGCUCGACGUCAGCGCCGUGCUGGCCGUGUGGCCGCCCACCACGCGCCUCCACUAAAUCAUUACAAAGAAAUGGCCAAUAAAUCACUUUACGUAACG